GCGACUGAGGGCGUAAUGAGAGGAGGUGGUGUGGGACAGCAGGAUGGAAAGUGUCAAAUAAAAUUUUGUGAAAAAGGAAUUUCGGCCAGUCCUGCUUCAAAUGCAUUUAUCAAUGCUUAUAAGGUUGAGUAUUUCAACAAUAAAGUGAUAUGUGAUCUGGUAGAAAUUCCUCGCACAGGCAUUUUACCUAUUCUGGAUGAAGCGUGCUACACCGUCGGUCCUAUCAGUGAUAAGGUACGUUCGUUGCCAUUUUUAAGCAAGGCGAUUUUUAAUGUAUGAUU